AUGGGGCGUUACGCUGUGCUUGUGACAGGGCCUGCAGGGGCUGGCAAGUCGACGUUUUGUUCGUCCAUUGUAACGCAUGCGCACAGUUUAGGUCGCAGCGUACAUUUAUUUAAUUUGGACCCGGCCGCGGAGCAUUUUGAAUACGAGCCGACCAUCGAUAUUCGCGAGCUGAUUACACUAGAGGAUGUGAUGGAAGAGAUGGAUCUCGGCCCAAAUGGUGGCCUAAUUUACUGCUUUGACUACCUGCUCAACAACCUCGAUUGGCUGGAAAACGAGCUGGGUAAUUACGACAACGACUACUUGAUCAUUGAUUGCCCUGGCCAAAUUGAGCUGUAUACGCAUUUCCCUGUGAUUGCCCGGUUUGUGACGCUCAUGCAGCAACAAUUCAAUUUCCGCGUAUGCGCGACGUAUCUGCUAGACUCUCACUUUAUGGACGACAAGGCGAAGUACUUUGCCGGCGUAUUGAGCGCCAUGAGUGCGAUGAUCAACUUGGACGUGCCGCACCUGAAUAUCAUGACAAAGAUGGACCUCGUAUACCAAUCGAACGACAAAGAAGGGACAUCGUACGCACGUCGAAAAGAAAUGGAACGGUACAUGGAUCCAGAUCCCUUGCUCUUGGCCGAUGAGAGCAACAACAUUACCAAUCCCAAGUUCUUUGCUAUGAACCAGGCCCUUGUGCAUUUGAUCGAAGAUUUUAGCAUGGUCUCGUUCCUGCCGUUGGACCUGACAAGUGAAGACAGCCUCAACUUGGUUCUCUCCUGCAUCGAUAACAUCGUGCAAUACGGCGAAGACGAAGAGCCUGUAGAGCCCAAGGACUUUGAGCAAGAGGAGGUAGAGGAAUAA